AUGAACCCAUCCUCCAACCCUUCCAAGCCUCCAAAGCUUGCUUCUCCGGCCCCGGCCCCGGCCCCGGCCUCCCCUACGUCCCCGACCUCCCCGACCUCCUCGGUCUCGUCCGGCAGACUUUCCAAAAUUCCCCUCCCACAGCUGAAGCAGAGAAUCCAGCUUGCCAUCAAUGCUCGCACCGAUGGAUACGCUACUGCCAGCGCUAUAAUCGUGUAUUGGGAGGACGACGACACAGGCGCAGAAGCUGAUGCUAAGAUACUGGAAAGUACCUUCAAGAAUCUACUCGGAAUCGAGGCGGAUAUGUGGAAAAUUCCGGACACGGAGCUAAUGCCAACUUUGUCGCUGCAUUCAAAAAUCGUCAAUAUGAUGAUGGACGACCAUCCCGCUGAAAAUCCCCUUCAGACGCUUUUCAUUUUCGCGUAUAUCGGUCACGGCGAUAUCAUUUCCGUCGGGGGCAAGUCGGAACACGUUUUCAAAAGCCUGAAGCCUGGCAGACACAUUUUCUGGAGCCGGGUUCGGGACUUUAUGGAUGACACCUACACCAGCAUCCUCGCUAUUCUCGAUUGCUGCAAAUCAGGUCUCGGGGGAGUAACGAACCCCUUGGCGCCGGCAGUUCAAGUCCUGGCGGCCUGCCUAGCAUCUGAGCAAGCCCGUGGCCGGGGUAUUCCUCGAGCCACCACUUUCACACAAAGACUUGCCGGUCAGCUUGACUGGGCGGACAAGUUCAAAGAAACAUUCAUCAAUACGGAAACACUGUUCCAGAGAUUGCAACUCACCAGAUCCCAGGACUCGCCAACUCCAGUUCUUCAGCAAAACGGGGGACUCAAGCCAAUCCUGCUGAAUUUCAAGAAGAAACCAGCACCGCGAAGCCCCUCCCCAUCCCGCAUCCCUCGACCGAAGCUCCCAAAGCCCGACGCUCAACAUGUUCUCGUCAAGCUUACGCUCACAGGCCCCGAAGCCGAGAACAUAGAAGAUUUCGAGAAUUUUAUCAAGCGCCUGCCGGCACCCUUUCACGUACGCGUGGUCGACGCCUUCAAGAGCAGCUCAUCUCUGGUGAUCAUGCGGAUGCGGUGGGAGACUUGGGCUAGACUAUCGACUGUGCUGGAUUUAGAACCAAUCGGAGCGAUCAAUGGAGACUCUUUACUGCGCGGCACUGCCUCUGCCUCGGCCCCCGAGGUCCGUCAAGUGGGAGAAAAUCUGCCCCUUCGCCCUGGCCCAAGCAGGGGAAAAGACUGA